ACGACAGUUGGAGUAGUUGGACGUUACGAGUUGGACGCAGUACACUGUCGAGGUUCUUAUUUUGAUUCGCGGAGGAGACUCGCCUCGAAGAAAACGGGUGGCCGUGGCUCGAAGGAUUUGCGGGGAAAGUUCAGGAUAUAGGUCAUCAGGCACUGGUCAAAAACAUGAUACGCGUUAUAAAUGGGGGUGUUGUAUAUUCGGAAGAGUUAACAAAUUCGGUGGAGAGUGAUGCGACAGAGAAGGCGAUGUCAAGAAAGUGCGAGGAGCAGCUGUCUUCGACGAAGUCAAACAGCUGUUCGUGCUACAGAGCUGCAAAUCGUACGACAGAAAUGGCGCAAGAGGACUAUAAUCCGUGCUGGAAUAACCUGCCCAGUGUCAUCUUGCAGGAGAUAUUCUCGUAUUUACCACACAACAGCCGGUUGAGAGCCUCUCAGGUUUGUAAAAAUUGGAGGUAUGCUUUGUUUCAUCCUAGUUUCUGGAAAAAAAUCACAUUCGCCCUUGGACAUGAAGACAGCAUUCUAUGGGCUCGAUUUCUGGCGGAAAGCUUUGGAUUCAGUGUGCACGAAGCCACCAUAUGCUGUGACACACCAAAUCAUUCUGCCAACGAGACUUUAGCCAUUUUAAAGAAAUUAAGUUGUAACAGACAGCUUCGUAAAUUAUUUCUAGAAUCCAGCAGUAGCUCCUUUGAAUACGAAAACGACGAGGAUAUUAAUGGAUAUGCGACACCAUUGAUAAAGCCCAUUAUAAAAAUCAUUGAAACAGCCAAUCAUUUGGAAGCUUUGAGCUUGGGAUGCAUGGAGGAAUUAACAGCCAGUGCUGGUGUACUUCUACAACCACUUCGCAUGAACCAUGCCAAGCACUUGACAACGCUUAGUCUGGCAUCUGUUAGAGAUGAUCCCGAUUAUAAUUUCUGCGAGCUUGGAUUCGAUUACGAACUUUUUUUUAACUCAUUCAUCAGAUUAUCUAUUUUGACACUGGAUUAUGAGUUUAUAAGCGACACACUGCUGAAAGCGUUAGAUAACGGAGUCAUGGAGAGGCUUGUAAUUCAUGUGCAUGGCUGGAAUGAGAAUUAUGCGGGAACAAGUGAAAUGGCAUGGCAAAUAUUUGUUCAGAAAAACCCAAAAUGCGAGUUACGGCUAAAUCUUAUACACUCCUACGUUGGCAUUGAAAUGCUGCAUUCGGACAUACUUCGUCGUUCUAUGCCCCUCACACAUCUGAAAGUUCUAUUCUGUGAAAAUGUUAACACUAGAGCGCUGCUGGUGCUAUCCAGUUGGUAUUAUCUUACUUUAAAAUCUUUGAUAUGGAUUGAUUCUAUGGACCCUAGAAGAGUUAUACCAGCAACAUGUGAUCCAACCGAGCCCGACAGCCCUGAUUCAUUAGUAUUUAUUGCAUGGAAAUGUACUAAACUUGUGGAGAUUGUGUUCAUCGGUCACAAAUACUACCAAGAAAACUUGUUGGCUAUCGCACGACUACGGGGAUGUUCCCUUAAAUCAUUAGUGUUUGCACGAAGAGACAUUGCAUCCUACAAUGAUACAUGGCACAAGGCUGAAAGCAUCACAGACGAGAUACAAGAAAUCAUAGGUCAACCUUGGGAACAGUUAAGUGAUGCCGAUUUACCCGCGGUUGUUAAAAAUCCAUUCAAAGGCGAUAGCAGAGACGUGAUCAUGCCGUUGGUCCUCCGUGACCAAAAGUAAUCAAAAUCAUUGAACAUGAAUUAAGGAACGAUCACUCCCCAGUAUCAAUCAUCGACAUCUCCACCUAUUUCUGGGCGAGCCACAAUCUCAGAAGUGAAGUUACAAUGUUAUAUUCUUUAUUUUUCUAUACGAUUUGCUUUUUUAUGGGAACUACAGACGAAACAUCAUAAAGCGAACAUGUGUAGACUCGUAACACCAAAAUCGAGAACCGAAUGGUUACAAUGUCUGGAAGGAUCACACAGUUCCAGUGUGUAAAUAGCGGGGCUAUAAAACGCACAUAAGUUCUCCUGUUUUACAAAGAUGUUAUCAGUUCGUUUGUGAAUAUGAUAAGCCAUAGUUAACCAUGUCUUUCUUGAGUCCGUGAGGAAGUACCUAAAUUACGUAUGAAACACUCCUAUGAACGAGAUGAUCUCUCCCCGUCUAUCAAAUUGGAGAAUAAAACGAUGUAUGAUGAUUUUUCUUAUGAGAAACUUUUUGUGAAGGAGCAUACCGCAAGAGCAAAGUAUAUUUGUUAAUGAUUGUUCCUCUCGCCAAUGAAUACUACCAGGAAAGAACGUAUAUAUAUUAUAUAAAGAUGUAACAGUAUUCUUGGUAGAUGCUAAGAAUCAAGCAUUACAAGACGAUCAAGGUCUUCCUACGCAGACCUUUUGUGUGACGUUUUCCUGUUAAUAUCACAGGAAAAGUGAAAUGUACGAGAAAAAAAAAGUGAUAGGAACGCACACCGCUACGAGAGGUGAUCAUUGUGCACGAAUCGAAUGGAGAAUUUGAAACUACGAGAAAAAAAAGAACAAAAAAAAAAAGAUGGAUGGAAAGGAAACACUGGCCGAUGUUCAUGAUGUUCCACUGGAAAGCGUAACGAAAUUCCACAUGUAUGUAAGUAGAAACUUCUUUAACAAAUAUUUUUCCAAGUCUAUGGGAACCUAGAUCAAGCGAGCGCCAAGAGCAUGCAGUGUGAGAAUGAAUAACUGAAGAAAAAAAAAAAGAAUACGACUUCGCGAGAAAGAACUUGUUGUGUCUCAUUGAGAAAAGUCGUUAAAUAGCGAUCCGAGGUUAUUUUUAAUACCAAAACCAAUCGGACGCUCUUGUACAAAUAGGAAAAAUGAAUGUGUGCCGAGAAGAGUGCGGUCGAUUUGGUGGUACGACGAAAGCGAACAAAAAAAAACGAAAACAAACAUAGUUUGCACAAUAGUGAAUUAGUAGUUGUCUUGCAUUACGGGGAGGCGAACGAUGUUUAAAUACCUCGAGAGAAUUCCGCGACCUCCGUGAAAUGUACCGUCUCUUCACCGUGCUCUUAGCGACCGCUAACACACGAACACAAAAGUAUAGUUAUCUAUUCACGAAGAAAAAAAAAAAGAAGAGAGUCAGAGAGGAAUUAGCUGCUAAUCGUGUAUGUGUAUAUGUAUGUAUAUCUGUAUUAUCUGUCGAACUUUAAACAUUAAAUAUUUCGGAUGCCGCCGUGCAUCUAUUUCUGUCGUGCGAUUAAUGAUGACGAUUUUCGAGCAUGUAAAAAGAAAAACAACAAAAAACAAAAAGGAUGAUCCACAAACACAAAGAAAAAAUACCAAAACAACAAACAAGAACACAAGCGUAUACAGUUUAUUAUUCUGAGAGGUUAUUUACUUUUUUUCGAGCCCUUGUAUAAUUAUUAUAUUACAUCGUCGUGUAUCGUACUUGUAGUCACACGUAUACCAUUGUUUUUUAUAUGUGGUUCUGUACAUACAUUCAUGCGUUUAAUGAGAGAGAGAGAGCGAGAAAGAGAGAGAGAGUAUGAGAUAGAAAGAAUGAGAGAGAGAAAAGGCGAGUAAGGGUGAAACGGGAAAAAGUAUUGGACAUGCGCAAAAGAUCGCGAAGUUGCGCCUGCAAAUUUAAUAUGAUGCAUAAGUGAAAAGAGGAGGAGGAGGGGGAGGUGAGAUUUAGGGGAUAGAUGAAGGGUGAGGAACGAAGUAAUAUAUAGCUGUUUAAUUUGAACGAUGAAUAAAAUGAAAAAAAUGGGAAACAGAUGUAAUAGGGAGGUUCGAUUGUGAGCUAGGCACAAAUACGAGGAUAACUAUUUCUUUUUAAACGAUUUAUGCUGUUAUACAAGAUGAACGGGCCUUAAUAUGUACCUGAGUCGCGGUAAGGAUAAAUUUAUCGAGAGCGAAAGAGAGAUCGAGCGCGAGAAAAAGAGAGAGAACGAGAGAGAGAGCGAGAGAAAAAAGGAGAAUAAAAAAUCUGACACGCGACAGCCACCAUUAAUGAAAUAUAAUCGUAGACACCUUAAUAACCAUUUUGUCGGCGAUUCGCUAGAAACACCCUGCCGGUUUCUCGCCAAAAAAUGACUGACGGGUUUAAGGUAUUCUCGGCGCCCUUUCAUUUCGUAUUCCGUGCACGCGUAUUGUUUUCAGGGUCAGAGAGAGUAAAUUCUCUAUAACGGAAAAAAGGAGACCGUCUGUUAUAUUGUUCCUUGUUAUCACGAACUAUAUUUCGUUUCGCGAACAAACGGGGAAAAAGAAGCAAAACACGAAAUACCACGGUUGUUGUUGUUGCUUGUUCGUUGACUAUAUUGACGUUGCGUGGACGGGCCAGAUUUUAUUUACUAAGAAUCUUUUUUAUUAAUAUUAUUAUUAUUAUUAUUAUUAUUAUUAAUAUUAUUUUUCUUUGUGCGUGUUUAUUUUUUGUUUGUUUGUUUAUUUUUUAUCGAACGAAGGUCCCGCAUAAGCAGAUUACUCGCGGGCGCAACGGUGCCCGGCGUUGUGAGUCUGAAGAGCGAGAGAAAGAAAGAAAGAAAGCGAACUAUAGAGAAAAAAAAUAUAGAGUAAAAGAGAGAACAGUGUGAAAGAACAUAUAUGAAUAUACGCGACGUUGCGAAACGGAAACGUAUUAGAGAGAACGGAUUAUUAAAGCAACAAACAAAAAUCAGGAGAAACGAUAUGCGAUGGGAUACAUGUAUUAGAUAUCCAGCGGGUAAAUAGAAGCAGAACAAAACGAGUUUAAAAAAAGGAGAGAGAGAAAGAGCGAGAGAGUAAUGAUGAAUCGCGUUAAAUGUUAUUCAGAUGAUACGUAGUACCAUCUCUGCGAAUCCUCUGUACAAAGUCGUAGAAUGAAGCGAGAAUACUAAAAGAAAAAAAAAAUAAAUAAAUAAAAGCGAAAGAAAGGCGCGGGCCGUGCAGCCGCCGCCUUAGCCGUACGGGCACAAGCCAACACUACUACACGUAUAAUAUCGAAUUAAACGCGAUGACAAACCAAGCAUAAGACUGAACCUGCCGAGAAAGGUAUAUAUACACCAGGUUGGGGCGGUUUGCUGCACGCGCCUCUGUCCGACCGUCAUAUUCAUAAAGCACCGGACGAUCCCGACUAAACGGAAAGCAUGACAAAAAAAUAUCGUUCGCGAAAAAGAAAAUCACAUGGCAAAUUCGAAGGUUCGAUAUCCGUGUUGUAUCGUAGCACAGCCGCGGCCCGCGCACCGUCGCGUCGUCGAUCCCGGAGAAAAACUCGAAGUGAACGAAAAUCAUGCGAAAGUAAAAGAAAAAAGAAAAAAAUGGCGCUUCGUUUGGUCGGUCGGACAAAAAAAUCGUGUACGGCCGACGGGUGUCUCUCCUCUCUUCAACACCGUUGUUUUUGACCAGCUUUCCGUCUUAGCUCGGCGGCCCUCGUCGAUUCGCCGCCCCGAUACAAUGCGCCAUGCGAACACCAAUUUAUGAAUAUGCGCGCGUCGUGCACCUCGAACAAACGAAAGAAAGAAAGAAAAAGGGUUAAUAAGAGUUUCAAUAAGGAAGGGAUGAUGAUGGUGCACACCAGCUAGUGUUUUUUUUUAGAUCGGAACUCAAACGCCCCCGUUUCACGGAGAGAGAGAGAUAGAGAGAGAGAGAGAGAGAAUUAACAAAACCUGCGAAAUAAGUAAGACAAAAUGAAACGCUCGCUCGACAGCGAAUUCUCGUAGCCGAUUAAUAACUAACCAUGUAAGCCAGCCUGCCAAGAAUCAAAAUAACUGUAUAAUAUCAAACGAACGCUAGCCAGUACAGAAUGCUAAGAUCUAUUUUUUAAGAAGCGAAUGUAUAUUUUUGUACUAAGGCAGGCCUUAGUGUGAGUCGUGUUGUAAUUGUUGAGCGCGCGCGCGCGCGCACUCGCGGCGGCAAAGACCGAGAGGAACGAAGACGACCGUGCUGUGAAGAUCCGUGAUAUUCGCGUCGGCUUUCAGCGAGAAAUCGUAACGAAAUAUCUGCGAGAGGUGUGUGAGAAUGAGCGAGAGAGAGAGAGAGAGAAAGAGCAAACGUGAAAAGAAUGCAAGAAGCAUAUCUUCGCUGAGGUAAACCGAAGUUUGUUCGUUCGUUCGCGCGGGGAACAACAGGGGGAGACAAAAUAAAAAAAAGAAGCAUUAUUUAAGAUCGUCCCUGCUUGGAUCUAAGAACGGGUUCGGCUGUAUUAGGUGCAACGGGCGACGAUAAAUCGAGAACAAAACAUCUGUGAUAAAACGUGAAAUCUUAGAAUGGGUGCUCGGGAUAAAGGCGGCCGAAAGAGAGGGGGGAUAACAAAAACAAAAGAAAAAAAGGGAACAAGCGUGCGUUUACAGAGAGUAACUAACGAAAUAGAGAGAGAGAGAGGGAGAGAGAGAGAGAAAAGAAAAAAAAGGUAAGAAAAGGGUUGGGGGUUAAGGUGUCGAGAUGACGAAGUCCCGCGUAUUAGGGGGAACGAAUAUAAAAGGCGGAACACGUAAUUCCUACGAAAACAAAUAAAACUAAAAAUAAAUCGUUUAGUGGCGCUUUUAGAAGAUCUAUCGUGCGAAAGUGUUCGUCAUGCGUGUUGACUAACUGACGACGGAUGGAGACUGUCUUUCGACGAGAUAGCCCGGUCUAACUAU